AUGGGAACACACACGGCCGAGUCUCUGUCUAUUAAAUUGGCGUUAGAUCGGCUGUCGUCGCUAGGCUUUGAUCGUGCACUGUGUGAGACUGCACUGGCCAGCAAUGCAAACAACGAGGACGUAACUCUGCGCGCACUCAUAAAACAACUCAUAGCGGCUGCAUCGGAUCCUGAAGAG